AUGGAGCGAAGUACAGACAGUCAAGAAGAAUCUAGUUAUCAAGACCAAACCUAUUAUGAAGGACUAGAUGGUUCCUUGCAGGAUCAUGAUACAGACUAUCAAACUGGAGAUAUCGAACAGAGGUCACCACUUCGGGAACAAGACCGAUUUCUUCCAAUAGCAAACGUGGCGAAAAUUAUGAAGAGAGCUGUACCUGGAAACGGAAAAAUUGCUAAAGAUGCUAAAGAAUGUGUGCAAGAAUGUGUAUCCGAAUUCAUUAGUUUCAUCACUAGCGAAGCAGCAGAUAAAUGUCAAACGGAAAAGCGCAAGACUAUCAACGGUGAGGAUAUCCUAUGUGCAAUGAAUACUCUAGGUUUCGAUAAUUAUAUUGAACCACUGAGGGCAUUUUUGGUCAAAUUUCGAGAGAUUAGCAAACUUGAAUCCUCUUUCAUCGAUGAAUCAUCUGCUGCCAGUACAAUGUCUACAGUUUCCCCAGCUGUUGGUUCAACGGUAAUCUUCGCUCCUACGCUAUUAUCAACCAGCACCAGUAGUCUGACAAGUAUAUCGUCACGACCUCUUCCUGGUAGGCAGUAUACUGUUGUUAAUGGAUCGAAUGAUAUUGAGCAUAACAAUAUACACUCCAUAUCAACUUCAGAUAUUAAAGUAGCAAAUGCAGCAAUGGCCGCCCUGGGUACUCCUGUGUCUACAUCUUUGGGGACAACAAUAAUAUUGCCUAUAUCAGCUCCUUUAACAUUUGUCAGUGGACCCCAACCCUCAGUCUCGUUAGCUGAUCAGUCGAAUAAUUCAACCUCUUGA